AUGCUCCUAGCCACCGCACUACAUAUCGUCCCCACACGUCCGCAUCUCGCGUCUGCCCUGGCCGUGACCUGCACACCUGCACGCCCCGUUUCCUCCCCACGACCACACCGCGCCUGGCACCGCCUUGCCGCUCGACGUCUUCACCGGCUUCAAUCGCCCCCGAGCCCGCAAGAGUUGGAGCAAGCUGCCCGGAUCCAGGAGGCGAGCGGGGGACCGUGGAGUGUUGGCAGCGUGCGCCGAAGGAGCAUUGCUCAGGCUCGCUCUCCGCACCGCGCCAUUGUGCUGCGGGAGGCUACAUAUCCCGUGGAGCCCGAAAUCCCCGCCAUCGAGGAGACGCUGUUGCCGCUGAACGCCUGCGAGCAACGAGUGCUACCGCCCCGAGCCCGCGAUGGAAACGCUGGAUGCCGGCACCAGGCAAAGGUCCGUUGUUUCGUCGGCUUGCCAUCGAUCAAUUAUCUGGAAUCUGACAAAAUAACGAGGGACGAGGACGGUUAUCAGAGAAAACAUUCGGCCGCGGCCAUGGCCAGCCCGUCGUACCCAUUCCCUGGCCCGCCGCCUCCCUACAGCAACCACCAAUCGACGGGCGCCAGCUCAACAGGUGCCAUCUCUGGGCUAAUAUCUCCGCCAGAAUCCCGCAGGACCUCUUCUGAAAACGAAAAGGAGCAAAGGCAGUCCGCGCGGCAGUCGUUGCCGUCAAUACACGAAGCUCUGGGAGACGGGCAGCCGCUUUCGUAUCCAGCGCCACCGCCCUCUGCUCCCGUUUCUGCUCCCCAGCAUUACCAGCCACCACCAGCGACAUCGGGCGCCGAUGUUAGGCCAAGGACCUUCUCCUCAGAUCUACAAAACCAGGGCCCAGCGAACCCCUACGCACACCCAAGGAGUCCAUACACCACCCCGGCACCUCCUUCAACCGCUGGACCUCCACCUCCUCAGGAACCGCUGCCAAGACCACCCUUCUCGUCCAGCUCCCACAAUCCGAAGCUGCCAACACUGCACCCUCUGAGAACGCAAUCGCCUCCAAUAAACGCCAGCCGGCCAAGUAUACCUUACUCGCCGUACUCUCAACAUCCAACACAAUCUACGUACGAGCAAGCCCCUUCAUCAGCAGGUCCAAUGAACCCCCCUUAUGGCGGCAGCUACAAUCAAUUCCCCCAACAAUACGGACCCUAUUCUGCGCCGGCCCCCGGUGCUCCAGGUCCAGUGUACCCUCCAGGCGCACCUUAUUCGGCGCAACCGCGAUACCCACCCCCAUCAUGGCGGAAUGAUGACAUGAGCCGGGUAGAAGAGAGCAAACGAGCAGGCCGAGCUGGUCCACCUCCUUACGGAGAUUCUGUGAAGCGACAUCUGGAUACCUUUGAUUUUGAGGCAUCUUUGAAUGAGAUGUUGGAUGGCGGAAACCGAGUUAUGCACUUCACAAAGCAUUACAUGGAUCGGUCUCAUGAGAACCAGCGGAGUGGUAUCCAGCCUGGGUCAAUACCUGCCUUGACCGAAGUAGACGAGUUGAUGAAGCACACUCAGAGAAUACAAGACUCGCUAGGAAGGAUCCGAGACGUAGUCAUAAGCCAGCAAAAUGCUCUUGCAGAACAGGCACGGGAUCCAUACAAGCCAAUGAAUGGAUACGACCAUGAGCCAAACCCCUACCACGAGGAUAGCAAGGGCGGAGGGGGUUUUACCGGCUCUGAUUUGAAGAGACGACGUGGCCGUGCGGCACCACCUGGACGAUGCCACAGCUGUAACCGUGCGGAAACACCAGAGUGGCGGCGUGGACCAGAUGGAGCAAGAACAUUGUGCAAUGCUUGUGGCCUACAUUACGCCAAAUUAACUCGCAAAAUGGGAGGGAAAGUUGCGGUUGGCAGUUCAAACCUUCGACCAAAAUCGCUGGGACCGGGAUCACCCGGUGCAUAA